ACAAGUUUGGGCACCAUUAAGAAUUGAUUACCAUUAGAAAAACAGAAAGGGUUAAUGUAUAGAUCCUGUUUUUGAGUAAUUUGCGUUUUGUUUACAUACAAUAUUUAAUUUGUAGUUUAAUUUUUAUCACGCUCUUUUAGUUCUUGUUUGCACGAUAACUUUAACAUCUGCAAGUCUUAAAUCCUCUUCAUCACCACUGUAUAAUUAAUGUCUCUUAUAGAUGCAGGUUAAAUUGUUUGUGAAAACAGUGACAAAUAAGAUUACACAAAGUGUUCAACUUCUUGUAGUGACUUCAUAAUGUACUGGUCACAGCCAUUUUCAGGAAAAUUGAUAAAAGAAGGGCGGGAAUUUAUGCAAAUGUACAAUGACCACUAAUUAUUUUUAGAAUAUAUUUAAAAUGGCUGAAGCCAAUACAUCAGAAUCAAUUUUGUCUCUUUCAUUAUGGAUGGUAGAAAUUGUAAAUUAUGUUGAAUCAACGCUCAAGGUGCCAUUUUUUCAUGUUGUACUUGAAGUAUCAUUGGUGUUAUGGAUUAUCAUGUUGUUGACAAAACAUAGCUAUAAUCCUCGUGAAUCGAAGCUUGAGUUGUCGAAGGAGGAGGAAGACAAAUUGAUUGCGGAAUGGGAGCCAGAGCCACUUAUACCUGCUGAUGAGAAGGUGCCAGCAUAUAUAAAAAAGCCGAAACUUAUUCAGGGAAAACCAUCAUAUCGGAUAAACAUAGAUGGAAAAGAUUGUUUGAAUUUAUGCACCACAAAUUUCCUUGGCUUUGUUGGUAAUAAAGAAAUAGAGGAUGCAGCGGUGGUUACAUUAAAGAAAUAUGGUGUUGGUACAUGUGGUCCAAGAGGGUUUUAUGGAACGAUAGACGUACAUUUACAUCUUGAAGAAAAAAUUGCAAAGUAUUUGAAGACAGAGGAAGCUAUUUUGUAUUCAUAUGGUUUUGCCACUAUUUCCAGUGCUAUUCCAGCAUAUUCUAAGAGAACUGAUGUCAUAUUCUGUGAUGACGGCGUAAGUUUUGCAAUACAAAAGGGAAUCGUAGCGUCAAGAAGCAAAGUGUAUUGGUUUAAGCAUAACGAUAUGGAUGACUUGGAAAAAAAAAUGAAGGAACAACAAGAGAAGGAUAUCAAGAAUCCUAAGAAAGCAAAAGUAACCCGUCGCUUUCUUGUAGUGGAAGGAAUUUAUACAAAUUACGGAGAUAUUGUACCAUUGCCUAAGCUGAUUGAGUUAAAGAAUAAGUACAAAGUACGUGUGUUUAUCGACGAAACAAUAUCAUUUGGUACAUUAGGAGAGCAUGGUAGAGGAGUAACAGAGCAUUUUAAUAUUCCUUUAAGCGAGAUAGAUUUAAUAUCAGCUUCGCUGGAAUGUUCUUUGGGUUCGGUGGGUGGAUUUUGUGCGGGAACCUCAUUUGUUGUUGAUCACCAGCGUUUGUCUGGCCAGGGAUAUUGUUUUUCUGCUUCACUUCCACCAUUAUUAUCAGUUGCUGUUGAAACUGGUCUGAAACUCAUGGAAGACGAUAAUAGUAUGUUUAACAAACUUCGCACAAAUUCAAAACUGUUUCGAAAAGAGUUAGAGGGGAUUAAAGGUUUCACAAUCGAAGGAGUUGAAUUUGCACCAAUUAUUCAUUUGAGGUUAAAUGAAAAUUAUGCAAGUUUAUCAAGAAAAGAAGAAGAAGAUAAAUUAGAUUCAUAUGUAGACCAGUGUAUUGACCAAGGCAUAGCAUUAACAGUCUCAAGGUAUCUUAAUUCUCAGGAACUAUUUCUACCAAAAGCUAGUAUACGUGUAUCAAUCAAUAGUAACCUCACGUUAGAUGACAUAAAAUUUAGUACGAAAAUCAUGAAAGAAAUUGCUUAUUCGACACUGUAACAUACAAGUUGACUAUGAACAAGCAACUUCUACAAUGUUUUGAUUUAAUCACUGUCAUUUUGAGACAUGGUCAAGACGAGAUUGUGGCAAUAUUUUUUUUUUCUUUUUAAUCGCCUUGUAUAGACAUAUUUUUUUCUAUUAUUGUAUUUCUUGUUUAUUUUUAUUGUUGCGUAGAUAUUUACUUCUGCUGAUUUUAUAUUUUCAUUCUUUGUGUUUUUUGAUGUUCCUUAAAACACAGUAUUUCUCAUUCAUUAUUAUUUAGAAUAUUGUUGAAAUGAUAUUUUCGUUCUUUAUCAUUGUGUAUAUAUACUGUAUAUCCAGUCCAUUUGGCAUAAUAGAAAUAGAACUCUAACUUAAA